CUGAAUGAGAGCAGUGGCCUCCAGUGGCCUCCUGGCUUGUCCUGCUGUCUUCAUUCAGUUGGACUUCCCAAUAGCUGGGCACUGUUCCAGAUGCUACACAUGGAAACUGACCAGGAUGUCACUGCCUGCUCCGAGCUCUGGCUCUAGAGAGAACUGCUGACAGCGAUAGAAAGAUUGCCACGCACUGUGUCGAGGAGAAGUCCUCACUGCUCCCUGGCAAACACCUGCCCCUGCUGAGGUUGGAGCUGCCCUGGGUGAGCUGCUGCAGUCUCUAGCCAAGCAUGCUGUGGUCGGAUCUGCCCAGCCGCGGAACAGAAACUUUUGCUGGAUGGAAAAUCCAUAAAAGAAAGCUCCUGUGAAACACUGAGACAGAGGACAACUUCAGCAAGAUCAGCUUCCCUCCAUGUCUGGCAGUACAAAUCAGCUAGUUGAAACAUGUUUCAGACAGAGCAAGAGAAAAAAGAACUUUACCUUGGAAGUUCUAUGCAAAUGUUAAAUACUGAUUCAGGUGUCGGCACCUUGGCAGUGUUUAUGGCCAGCAGCGGAACCACGGACAUCACAAAUCGCAACAGCCCAGCCACCCCACCAAACACCCUUAAUCUCCGUUCCUCCCACAAUGAACUGUUGAACGCUGAAAUAAAACACUCAGACCCCAAGAACAGCACACCUCCCAAAUGCAGGAAAAAAUAUGCACUAACUAAUAUCCAAGCGGCGAUGGGCCUCUCAGAUCCGGCUGCACAGCCCCUGCUGGGAAGUAGCUCUGCCAACAUCAAGCUGGUGAAAAAUGGAGAGAACCAGCUCCGAAAGGCUGCAGAGCAAGGGCAGCAAGACCCCAACAAAAACGUCAGCCCGGCUGCAGUCAUCAACAUAACUUCUGAGAAGUUAGAAGGGAAGGAUCCCUGUGCCCAGGAGCCUGUGGGCUGUGAGAUUGUACCUACCCAGCCCAGGAGAACUAAGAGCUUCCUCAACUACUAUGCAGACCUGGAGACCUCAGCCAGAGAACUGGAGCAAAACCUGGGCAACCACCAAGGGCUUGGGGAGGAGAAGGCCCAGCCGGACCAGGGCCAGGCCCCUGCCAUCAUUGGGAAUGGAGACUUGCUGCUGCAGAAACCAAACAAACCCCAGUCCAGUCCAGAAGAUGGCCAGGUAGCCACUGUGUCCUCUAGCCCGGAGACUAAGAAGGACCAUCCGAAAACAGGGGCCAAAACUGACUGUGCACUCCACCGGAUCCAGAACCUGGCGCCCAGCGACGAGGAGUCCAGCUGGACGACGCUGUCACACGACAGCGCCUCCCCCAGCUCAUCAGAUGAAGCAGCAGAUAUCUGGAGUGAUCAGUCAUUUCACACAGAUCCGGAUCUUCCACCAGGCUGGAAAAGAAUCAGCGACAUCGCUGGCACCUAUUACUGGCACAUCCCGACGGGAACUACUCAGUGGGAACGGCCUGUGUCCAUCCCGGCGGAUCUUCAGGGUUCUAGGAAAGGGUCUCUUAGUUCUGUAACGCCAUCUCCCACCCCAGAGAAUGAGAAACAGCCAUGGAGUGAUUUUGCUGUUCUGAAUGGGGGAAAGAUUAAUAGUGACAUUUGGAAGGAUUUGCAUGCAGCUACAGUUAACCCAGAUCCCAGUUUAAAAGAAUUUGAAGGAGCAACGCUACGCUAUGCAUCUUUGAAGCUCAGAAAUGCCCCUCAUGCUGAUGAUGAUGAUUCUUGUAGUAUCAACAGUGACCCCGAAGCCAAGUGCUUUGCCGUGCGGUCUCUGGGCUGGGUGGAGAUGGCGGAGGAGGACCUCGCUCCUGGUAAAAGCAGUGUGGCUGUCAACAAUUGCAUCAGGCAGCUUUCGUACUGCAAAAAUGACAUCCGAGACACAGUGGGCAUUUGGGGCGAGGGCAAAGACAUGUACCUGACCCUGGAGAACGACGUGCUCAGCCUGGUAGACCCCAUGGACCGCACCGUGCUGCACUCCCAGCCCAUCGUGAGCAUCCGCGUGUGGGGCGUGGGCCGCGACAAUGGCAGAGAGAGGGAUUUUGCUUAUGUAGCAAGAGAUAAAGACACCAGAAUUUUGAAAUGUCAUGUAUUUCGAUGUGACACACCAGCAAAAGCUAUUGCCACGAGUCUCCACGAAAUCUGUUCCAAGAUUAUGGCCGAACGGAAGAACGCCAAAGCCCUGGCCUGCAGCUCCCUGCAGGAGAGGACCAACGUGAAUCUCGACAUGCCCUUGCAAGUAGAUUUCCCGACACCGAAGACUGAGCUGGUCCAGAGGUUCCACGUGCGGUACUUGGGAGUGCUGCCUGUACGCAGACCAGCUGGCAUGGAUACCCUGAACAGCGCCAUAGAAAGUCUUAUGACCUCAUCCAACAAGGAGGACUGGCCAUCAGUGAACAUGAACGUGGCCGAUGCCACGGUGACAGUCAUCAGUGAGAAGAAUGAGGAGGAGGUCCUGGUGGAGUGCCGGGUGCGGUUCCUGUCCUUCAUGGGUGUUGGAAAGGAUGUCCACACGUUCGCCUUCAUCAUGGACACCGGGAGCCAGCGCUUUGAGUGUCACGUGUUCUGGUGCGAGCCGAAUGCCGCCAACGUGUCCGAAGCAGUCCAGGCUGCCUGCAUGUUACGCUAUCAGAAGUGCUUGGUAGCCAGGCCACCUUCACAGAAAGUCCGACCACCUCCUCCGCCAGCGGACUCAGUCACCAGAAGGGUCACCACCAAUGUAAAGCGAGGGGUCUUGUCCCUCAUUGACACUUUGAAACAGAAGCGUCCCGUCUCGGAAACACCGUAGCUGCACACGUUCCAGGCCUCUGGUGUCCCCCUGAACACUGAAGAGCUACACUAAAGAAAGGAACUGACCCCGCCUUCCAUUCCGCCACCCAUGCCUUGUCUCCAGAGAGUUUACCUGUAACCAGACAGUGUUAGACAAGCAUGUUCUCUGUCUUGCCACCAUCAUGUGAUAGGAAAAGAAGCAUGAAUACUUUUUUUUGCUGUAAGUUACAUCAUGAGCAGUGGAAGGUCCCUUUUUUAUUGUACAUAUCGUGGACGGGACUUGGCUUCACGUGGAGAGAGAAGCGUGGCCACGCCCGCCUGGAGAAUUGUCACUGCAUCCUUGCGGUCGAUGGUGCCGGAGUCCACUUCGCCGGCUUCUCGACUCUUCUGUCACAAGCACCUCUCAAUCCUGCAGCACUCUGUCCGCUUUCAGCCUUGGAAGCACGGAGAUGGCUGCAGAACAGAUGCCACUGAGUUACUGUAAACAUAGGACGGGUUCUAGUUUUCCGUUGAAUCGAACCCGUUGGUUGACCCAGUCGGCUGUUGGCAUUGGCGUAGCAGCCAGUGGGCAGCUUUCCCUCACACGCUUUGACACGUGGACACCAUUUCAUGUCUACCGCUGUUUGUGGGGUGUUGGGAGGGCAGUGAAACUUCAGAGCUAAUGAAAAACUAAAUUCGGGGAAUUAAAAUUGAACAAAAAAAUAGCCUUUUCAGAUGGUUUUCAAACUGAUUAUUUUAAAAAAGAGAUAACAAGAUCCUGAUGCGUUUUGGGUGGGACAUAUUUCAAACUUCUGCCUUACAUAGUACAAUGCAGCUAGAGAAUUAUAGGUCACGAUGGUCUUUCUCUGCACAAACAUUAGAUCAAAUACUCCUCACAACCCUCUCAUCCUGUUUGAUAAUUAGCCAAUAUGCAAUUUAGAGUUGAGGAAAUGUCAUUUGUUUCUCUGUCGCACACUAUUAUUUUAGAUUUCCACCACCACAUUAUUUUUGUUUGUGUACAUCCUAAGGUAAUGUUCCCCUAGAAGUGCCCAUCUAGCUCAUUUUACUUCCAGUGUUGUUUUCUGUCCAGAAAGCUGUCUGUCCGCUACAUAUUGUCCAUGGCAACAAAUUACAUUUAGUUGAAACUUUCUUGAAUUUAUGUAUUUAAUGUUAGAAUUUGUUAAAUCCAACAAGAUAUAUUUUAAAAUUUGUAUUUUUUCCAUUUUAUUUUCAAUACUUAAAAAUUUCAUACCAGAGAAAAGUAUACACAGGAAUAAUGGGCUAUUUAAGUUUCCCAAAAAUAGCAUUUUCCUGCUUUUUAUGUGGCUAAGAAACUUAGCUAUGAAGAUAUACAAAUUUAGACUCUUGUUGAAAUUGGUGUUUUAAAAGGAAGUUGCUAGGGAGAUCAAUCUCAAUAUUAGUCUUGUUUACUUUGUAAUGUGUCAAAAUGAACGUUUACAACAUCCAGUUAUAAAAGUAACGCUUUCCGUUUAUACACAGCUUUGUACUUGUCAAAAUGGUUUCCAUACCCUUAUCACAUUUGAGCCUUAUGUGGUAGAAAAGGUACUAAACACAUUGGAGGAAUAAAAUACGAAGUACCGAGAGGCUUAACUCUAUGGACCUGAGAUCUCACCAAAGCUUGGGAGGGCCAGAUGCACCUCCACCCCAGUUGUUGCUAUCUUAUUCCCCUCCACACUUUCCCAGUGACUCAGGCAUCCACAGGAGCAGACGUUGAAACUCGUAUUGUCCGGCAGUCUCAGAAUCCCUGGAAGCAGCAGGGAAGCCUGGCCAUGUUACUCAGUGGUCAUGUUAGAUCUACCACAGUGCUGCCUUCUCGCAGUCCAGGACUGCCUGCUGCCCUGUGCCCCUCACAUGCUGUAGCGGCCAGGCAUCCACAUUUGCUGCAACCUGUGCCAAUCUAAGUUUCCGGGGUGAUGGCUUUUGUGGCAGCGGUGCCCCUCACCUUGGCCCUUACACACCAGAAUAGGACAGAAGGAGUAGGAGACCUCUGCCUGCCGUGGUGAGGGCUCAGUAGGGCACGAAGUGUUUGCUGGCCCUCUGAUGUCGUAACGGAAGUGAUGCUACUUUAGAAAUGCAUUGUGCUUCUCGCCAAUUGUAUACUGUUCUCUCUGAAGUAACCGUGCCAUUGUGAGGAAUUGCUGCAUUAUGAAAAUCUUACUGUGCCCUGUACACUGCUGUUGAGAAGUCAGUUGUGAUGAUCUUUCAUCUUGACCUCCCCCAUGAAAUGUUCUAGUGUGAUAGGCUUCGAUAUUCUAAACACAUAACUCACUUUUCUACAGGAAAUCUCUCCCAGAACCCUCUUGUUCAUUUUUUUAAGGUAUACAUUUGUUUUCAGGAUCAAGAACACCGAGCUAGCUUUAAACAGCAAACUGAUUUAUAUAUGCAAUUAUAGGAUGCAGUAAGAUGAAUGAUAACCUUUACAUGUUGAAAACUUUACUGCAGAUGCUUUGUUUUAAAACUGAUUUUGCAUACUCAAUGCAGAUUAACUGUAUGAAACUUAUUAUGUUAAAUAGUAUGUUGAGACACUUUCUGCCAUGGCCAAAAAGUAUGUAUGAAUGUGUGUGUGUGUCCAUCUGUGAAGGGAUGCCAAUGUCUUACCUGAGGACUUAGUGAUAUUCAGUUACCUAUGCAUCUUUCUAUCUGUGAUUCGGUAAGCAGGCAGCCAUGUUCACUAUGCCUUGUAUCUCUUAUCAUUUUUUAAGUAACCUGUUAAAUACAGCUUAAAUAUUUUUAUUUAUUCUAUUUUUACUGAAAUAUACUGCAUUAUUGUGUUAAUGUAUUAUCUUUACUGGAUAUUACAUCUCAAUGUAUCCAGGCCUAAGUAAUCUCAGUGAACUAUUCGUUGCCUAACAGUGGUUUUGUAAUGAUUUGUAGUCACAUUUCUAUUGGAAUAUGUAGAAGAAAGGCAAAAUGCUUAAAGUUCCUUUUAUUUUUGAAGAGCAGCUAGCUAGACGCAGUCUUGCCACCUGGUCUGCGUGCUCCUUGGCCGCAUCAGGGGGCGCACCCGCCAUGCCUAUGGCUAAGAACUUCUCUUUGUAGACUAAAGCACUGUGCCGUGCUUCCUUUUUAUAGCCUUCACAAUGUGUGCAAUGUCAUCUAAAGACAUAUGCAUAUGUCCACACCCUCUUUGUCUUCACCUGGUUGAGAAAACAAAUUAGAGCCAUCGUUUUUUGUUUGUUUUACUGCACGAAAGAACAUUAGACUCAUUUCCAUUAAAACAAGUUCUUGGUGAUAAACUGUUGGCACUGCUACUUUUAUUUUUAAAUCCAUGUUCUGAAUUUAAGAUGGACACCUGUUCUUACAGGUGUUCUGAGUUUGAGAUGGACACCUGUUCUUGCAGGUGAGUUUACCAACAGCACACAAGCUCCCCUUUCUUGAACAGCACACUCAUUUUGUGAGCUUUGCAACACAAGGUCUGCUAAACAACACAGAAAGCAUACCCCUAAAUGAAAUUAGCACACUUUAACAGGACCAUUAGCUCUCCAGCUGGCCAGGCUAAACCUAAAGCCCAUCUAACACAUAGUUUACAGCCAGUAAAAUGAAGUGGACGUUACUUCAGCUUGAGAGCAGUGCGCCUCACACCACAGAAAGAGCAUCCCUGGCCCCUGGAGCAGCCUGUUCACCCCAAGGGUUGUUUCAUUUUCCUUUUACCCCUUUUGCUAUUGACCGCUUUUACACAUUUAAAUGUAAUAUGUUGUGAGAAUAAAUUUAGCUGCAUAAAAUGUUUGGCUCAUUGAUCUGACACCUCAGUUGUAUAUAUGAGAAACAAAUACAAAUGUAGUGUCUCUACCUUAGUUUAUUUUUAUAUCAUCAAAUUCAAUGUUUUAGAAAUCCAAAGUAACAUAAGAUUCAGCUCUGAUAAGAGAUCAUGUCUUUCCACCUGGUAAGAAGUUGCAAGUUAAUUCUGAGUAGUGACCUGGAGUUAGUUGGGUGAUGAAGGACAGCAGGUGUUCUGGACACAGAAGCCCAUGUAGUCAGUGGAGCGGUCUUUCUAGAAUUAAACCAUUUACACAAGGAAACUUAUUAAAAAGCUACCUGCAAGGGGCCGUGGAGACAGCUCAGUAGAAUAAGUGCUUGCCUGGCAAGCGCAAGGGCCUGAGUUUAAAAAAAAAAAAAAAAAAAAGCUAACUGCAGAGAAUUGCGAACAGAGAUGUACAGGCACAAGAUGCCAAAUGAAAGGCAGCGGGGCACUCCGCUGGCUGUGAGUCAGUCCUACUGCAGACCCUGGAGAGCACGGGUGACCAGGCGCGUGAGCCUCUUGCUCACCGUGCACCCCCUAGCGGUCCUCUCGCACACUGUCAAAAGACAGUGACUCAAGGAACAAAAGUUCAUCGUGUUGGGGUUUUCGUAGUUAAAACGCUUUCAGAUAAAAACCCAAAUUUGCUAUCAGAAUAUAUAAACAACAGCUUGAUUAUUUUAGAUUUCUGUAAUACUUUUAAAAGUUCAAGCAACUAAAAUGCCACAGAAAAAAGACCCAUGAAUAGUCAUUAUUUACUGAAAUUCUCGUUUUGCUUUUACCCUAAAGAGCCUUUUCAUUCUAUCGAAUUAUUUAACUGAUCCUGUCCUCCUUAGAAAUUUUCAAAGAAUAAAAUUCAGGAUUAGUGGACAGUUCAGCUCAGAAUCUUCCUAAGUUUCCAAAGAGAAAAGCACUUCAGUGCCAGAUGGACAACUGGAAAUCAUGGGGUCUGAGUUGUGACACGAACUCCAGGCGCUGUGGAGGUUAGAGAGCACCCUGUGCUGUUUCAAAACACCACACAGAAGUGCACUUGGAAGUAGAGAUCUCAGACCUGCUACUUUCAGGCCUGGCACACUUCGGCCUGGGGUGGGGGCGAGAGCAAAAGGCUAACAGGGUGUCCAAGAGAAAACAGCACUGAGCAGCCCUGGCUUACAAUGCUGCACCGCAGGGCUGCAGGCAAGGAGGUGGCGGGGCUGAAUCAGACCCAAGUGGGUGGAGGGGAGAGAAAGAAACACGCUGGGACUUGAAGUACAUAGUUUCUGAUAUUUUUAAAUUAGUAAAAGAAGCUGAACGUUUAAGACAUUCCCGUAUGUUUCAAGAACCGCAAGUACCAUAAGAAUUUGGGAAUUUACAUUAUAAGAAGCCUGGCGCAAGGGUAAAAAAUCUUCGCUGAAAGAUUUUCCAGAAAAAUGUGAACCUUCAGCUAAAACACGAACAGUACUAUGAAAAUGAAAUUAACUGUUCUCCCCACUUUCAGAAUAGAGCUGCAAGCUAAAUUAUUACACGAAACCACGUCACAUGAAUUGAGCAUUUAGGAAUUUACUAAUACUUCUACACAAGUGAAUUCUAGAAAUAAAACUUUAAGCUCAAACUAU